AUGAAGGUGUCGCUGGGGCUGGCAUCUGCCAAGACGCCCUGGGCGAACCCCGCGUUUAUCGUAUCUGGCAGACGAGGCUACGGGAAGCCAACACAACCGCGACAAGCAGUCGGAGCAGGCUCGCCACAUGCUGCUAUUCCAGAGACAAGCAGCAUUGAGCUCAAGAGCCCUCCAGCACGGAAAUCCGUCCCCGGCGCGCCUUUAUCCAUCUUAUCUACGGGAACCCUUCUAAGAUCGUUACUCAUCACCACCGUCUCGUCAAACCGCUUCCUUCUCAUCCCCUCACUCUACGCACUAUCCUUCCUCUCCAAGUCGAGCGGAAGCUUCCUUCUAGACGUUGAUCGCAACCCAGUACUACACGCCAUCCUCAAGAAGACAUUCUACGACCAGUUCUGCGCCGGAGAGACCCCUGAACAGACGAAAGCAUGUGUUGACCGGCUCAAGGCCUUGGGCUUUAAGGGCGUCAUCCUUACCUACGCCAAGGAGACUGUAUUCGACCACUUGACUCAGUCUGCUCACGAGACUGGAAAGACUGCUGCUGCAUCGGGUAUUGCUGGCGUCGAUUCUGAGAUCGAGUCCUGGAGAUGCGGCACCUUGGAGACUGCUGCCCAGGUUGGCGAGGGUGACAUCCUCGCCAUCAAGUUGACCGGAGCUGGCCGCGAAGUCACAAAAGCCUUUGCCGAAGACAAGUUCCCCCCGAAACAGAUGCUCGACGCCCUCGAUGAGAUCGCCACAACAUGCAAACAGCGCGGAAUUAGAAUCAUCGUCGACGCAGAGUCCACGCACUUCCAGAAGGCCAUCGACCGCGUCACCCUCGAGCUCAUGCGCAAGUUCAACGGAGACGGAUAUGCUGCCAUCUACAAUACGUACCAGGCAUAUCUCAAGAGCACCACGGACAACGUUAUCAACCACCUCUCGGAAGCCAGCAAGGACGGGUUCACCCUGGGCCUCAAGGUCGUCAGGGGCGCGUACAUCCUCUCCGACAACCGCUCGCGCAUCCAUGACACGAAGCAGGACACGGAUAAUGCGUACAACUACAUCUCCCAGGGUGCCGUCAAGAGACACAUUGGAGACUUUGGCGGAUCCAAGCCAUUCCCCUCUGUGGACUUGUUGUUGGCUAGUCACAACAGGGAGAGUGUCUUUGCUGCGCUGAAGUUGCACCAGCAGCGCGUCAAGGAGGGCAAGCCGACUGUGCCCAUUGCGUUUGGACAGCUGCAUGGCAUGUCUGACGAGGUCAGCUUCUCGCUUCUGCAGGAGAAGAACGAGGGUUUCGGGGGGCCGGACGUGUUCAAGUGUUCUACGUGGGGCAGCAUGGGCGAGUGUUUGGCGUAUUUGCUCCGCCGGGCAGUGGAGAACAGGGACGCGGUGUUGAGGACGACGGAUGAGCAUACUGCUGUGAAGAACGAGUGUUGGAGGAGGCUGAAGUCGGCCUUCGCGGUUGCGAACUGA